AUUAAGUUUGAAGCUAUCAAACAGUAUACUAAAUAACAAAUUAACCACAAUUUUGUUAUAUUAAUUACAAUUAAGUUUGAAGCUAUUUGCUGUACCGAUUAACAAAUGUAAUAGUGUCUAUAAAGAGUAUAGUAAUCUGAUAGUACAAUUGUUAAGGUAGUCAAGUCCAAGGUUCUCAGUGUUACAGGAGAAUAGAAGAGGAUGCUUGGACGUGUACGACAUACCAUAUUACAAAAUGUUCAGAAACAGUUUGCGACUUCUGGGAGUGGAUCCUUAUCAAGAUAACAUGCUUAGUAAUUUCAUUAUCUUUUUAGUGACGUGCACCGCACUUGGUAUGGUUAUUCCUACAUUCUUAGGGUUCCACAAGGCGCUACGUGAUAAGGACAUGGACGCACUGUUCGAGUCGCUGCCCUACUUCAUCGCCUCCUCCAUCGGCAUCGUCAAGCUAGCGAACCUGCAACUAAACAAAGCGAACUUUAGAAAGUUGCUGAAUAUGGUGGCGGACGAGUGGGAGAACUUGAAACUGAAUAAUGAGUUAAAACCUUUGGAGGACCUCACCAAGCUAGCGAGUACCGUUGCGCGUAUCUAUAGAACCUGCAUACUGUCAUCCAUGACAAUAUUUCUGUCGGUCACGUUGCUUCCAAGUGUCCUAGACGUCAUUCUACCCCUAAACGAGACACGCCCGCGACAGCAACUAUUCAACGUCGAGUACCUGUUCUUCGACAAGGACGAAUACUACUACUCCGUGUACCUGCAGCUAUCUUGGAGCACGUUCGUCAUCGUCAUGGUUAUAGGAUUCGUGGACUCUUUGUACAUCAUCAUAAUUCAUCACUCGAGCGGACUGUUCGCUGUGUGCGGGGAGCAAAUCAAGAAGGUGACGGAAAUGUCUGACGCGGUCGGUGGUCGAAUAUCUGAUCAGAUAUAUCAAUGCAAACGUUGCAUGGUCAUGCAUGAGAAGGCUUUACAGUUCUAUGAGAUUUUGAAGGAAACUAGCACGAAGAACUACUUUUUUCAAGUUGGGUUGAAUAUGAUGGGGAUUAGUGUGCAGGCUGUUCUGCUAGUUUCCAGCCUGGAUAAACCUGACCAAGCAAUGAAAGCCGGCGUGCUUCUCAUAUCUAAGCAAUUCCACUUAUUCGUUGUUAGUCUACCUGGCCAGGUGUUGUUGGAUCACUGUGCGCAGCUGGCGAAAAACAUAUACUGUUCGAAGUGGUACAGGACACCCUUACAAAUUCAGAAGAUGAUCAAAAUUAUGCAAAUAAAAGCGAACAGACCCUGCGCGCUGACUGCUGGCGGAUUAUACGAAAUGAGUAUCGAGAAUUUUGGAAGCACAUUAAAGUCGUGCAUGUCGUACGUCACGAUGCUGCUGUCGCUGAAGGAAUGACGGAUCAACAUCGGCGAACAAGGUUCGAUCGUGUCUGUCAUCGGUGUUAUUUGACUCACCAGGACACGGACAAUAGAACGGCUUUGUUAAUACACAUUUUAUUAAUGUGACAAGAUCCAGAGAGAUGUUGACGUAGAUGUAGGGGGAUUUAGAAAUAAAGUGGUUAUAAUAAUUACUUGUUUUUAAUGUCUAAUUUAUCCCUGCUACAUUCUUUCUUCCUAAGAGAUGAGAAUGUGGGGAUUUGGGACUAUUGGGAUUUAGAAAUCUAGGAAUUUGGGACUAU